AUGAGAUUGGUACCUCGAGAGCUUGAUAAACUUGUUCUUCACCAAGUUGGUUCCUUAGCUCAAAAACGUCUUGCACGUGGAGUAAAAUUAAACCAUACAGAAGCCACCGCUCUCAUUGCCUCUCAACUAUUGGAAUUGAUCCGUGAUGGCAAUAAUUCUGUUUCAGAUUUGAUGAACAUUGGCAAACGAAUACUCGGGAGACAACAUGUUCAGCCUGAUGUUUUGGAAACUUUGGUCGAAGUGCAAGUUGAAGGAACUUUUCCCGACGGCACUUAUUUGGUUACUGUCCAUGACCCAAUCUCUUCUGAUGAUAUUGACUUGGGAUUGGCUUUGUACGGAAGUUUCUUACCGAUUCCUGAUAAAUCUAAAUUUACUCGACAAUCAACAAAAGUUAGUAAGGAAGAUAAAGAUGUUGCUCCCGGCGCUGUUAUUGUUAAACCUGGUAAAAUUAUUUUGAAUGAAGGUAGAGAAAGAGUUGCUGUAAAGGUUACAAAUACCGGUGAUAGACCAAUUCAAGUUGGGUCCCAUUAUCAUUUUAUUGAGACGAAUCCAGCAUUGAAAUUUGAUAGGGGUCAAUCAUAUGGUAAAAGACUUGAUAUACCAGCUGGAUCAGCUGUACGUUUUGAGCCAGGCGAAACAAAAACAGUCACAUUGGUAUCAAUUGCUGGAUCGAAAUAUAUUAGUGGUGGAAAUGGAAUAGCAACCGGAAAGGUUGAUUUGUCAAAAAUUGAAUCAAUUGUUGAAACUUUAUUAAAUAAAGGAUUUAACCAUAGCCCACAACCACAACUUGCUUCAUCAUCGUGCACCCCAUACACUAUUGACAGAAGAGCUUAUUCUGAUAUUUUUGGUCCAACAACUGGGGAUAAAGUUAGAUUGGGUAAUACUAAUUUAUGGUUGGAGAUUGAAAAGGAUUAUACCAAGUAUGGCGAUGAGUGUAAAUUUGGUGGUGGCAAAGUGUUGAGAGAGGGUAUGGGUCAAUCAACUACCAUAACUGACAAGGAUGCUUUAGAUUUAGUUAUAACUAAUGCUAUAGUUCUUGAUUAUACUGGAAUUUAUAAAGCUGAUAUUGGAAUAAAGAAUGGAUUAAUUGUUGGUGUUGGUAAAGCUGGUAAUCCUGAUGUUAUGGAAGGUGUGACACCUGGAAUGAUUGUAGGUGCUACUACUGAAGCCUUGGCUGGUGAAGGUCACAUAUUCACAGCUGGUGCCUUGGAUGUUCACGUUCAUUAUAUUUGUCCUCAAUUAAUUCCUGAGGCAAUAUCAUCUGGUAUUACAACAUUAGUAGGUGGAGGUACAGGGCCAAAUACUGGUACCAAUGCAACAACAUGUACACCGGGGCAACAUCAUAUAGAAAUGAUGCUAUCUGCAACAGAUGAUAUGCCAAUUAAUUUUGAAUUCAGUGGUGAACAUGGUAAUGUUUUAUUUCAAGAUUGA